UGUCUAAUAAGCUUUUGUGGAUAGGCGAAUAACGCUUUUACUUUGAAAUGCAGACGGAAAUGGCAGUUUUCAGCGACCUUGCUAUCUUAACUAAUAUGUCGCCCGUGUGAACUUAUGGAAGUAUUUACAUUUCUCUGCUAAGCGCUUUUGUGUAUGUUAUUUACUUUGUCUCUUGUUAAUUUUGCUCUGUGAAGGAAACACAACUGACGAGACUUCAGACAAGCUAAGAGUGAAUAGACACACCUUUUGUUCAACCGACCUUUUGCUAUGGUUCCGUUUAGUGUUUUGGGGGAUAACGAAAGGUCGAAGGUUGUUUUUGCCAACCGUCUCUUGUUAGAGCACUACGGGGAAGCUAUGGAAACCAGCUAAAUGCGGGGUUUAUACCGACUUGAAUGAGUGACUGGACCUCACCAUGCCGAGCCAAACGAGCUCCCCGCCGCUGGCAGCGACUCUGCUGGCGGCGCUGUGGCUCGCCUUGGGUCGGUGCGGUGCUUCCGAAUCUCUGGGACCAGGAUGUGACAACGGAAAGCUAUAUUUGGACAGAGACCUGCCUACAGAUGCGGUUUAUUGGGGGUGUUCAGUCCGUUCCCCGCCAGAGUCUGCUCAGAGACUUCCAAGUAUUGACACCGUGUGUGACCCCGAGCCAGCAAGGGAAAUAUGCAUGGAUUAUCUGAUCCCCUACAAACACUCCAUUCCCAGCAGUGGAGCAUUCAGGCCAGUAAUGGCAGAGAGUGGAGAGUACUUGUAUUGUCCUCCUCAGCGGUGGCUAAAUAAUUUGCAUCAUGGUGCCACUGUUUUGCUCUACCAUCCCUGUGUGGAGCUCGGUGAGCGUCGCCUCCUUUCUGUAUUGGCUCGCUCCUGUCUGCCGGGUCACAUCAUCACUCCACACCCACAACUCAGCAGAGACAUGCCAAUAGCCUUGGUGUCCUGGGGUCGCACGUUGGAGCUGACCACCGUGGCCUCUUCAGAGGUCUGCGAUUGGCUGCAGGCGACACAAGCCACCAGACGUAAAGUUGAAAAGAGAACUCAAACCAGGAAGUACAACUUCCUGUUGACCAGGUCAGCAGGCCUGCAGCAUCUGGGGCCAUCGGCAGAAAAUAAGGUUUCUGUGAGGCAAUGCUGUGAGCAGACCAUUUCUUCUUUGCUGAGUGGAAUCACUGGGGCACUGCCUGGUAUAAAGAAGGAUACCUUGAGACAAAUUAAAAAGGGAAGGAAAUAUAGGGAAAUUCGAGCUGCAAUUGCAAAAUAUAACAGAGCUGAUAAAAUGACAAAUGACUCCAGUCAGAUCAACAAAAACAUUCCCCAAAGAACAGCCGAUGUCCAGAAUCACAGCAGCUCGUUUGGACCAGAAUCAGACUCGCAUCCAGGACAACCGCGUCCCCUGGAUCCUUCUUUCCAGACUUCUGAGUCCGAGACCCGGCAGCAACAUCAGACUUUUACAUCGCCCACCCCUCAUCUGGUGUCGCACGACUCUGAGAGUCUGCUUCAGACUGAUCCAUCUCAACAUGAAGGUGCAGACUCUGUCAGAGACGGCAUGAAGGAGAUAAAGAUUGCUGAGGGCCCCAUGGUUAAGGGCAGGACGAAGGAUGAAGAAGUGGUUGAUGUCAAAGAAAGGGAGGCCGAACAUAAUCGACUGCCCACUGUCAAGCCCCUUCCCACAAAGUCCAGUUCCGCUUCCAAAUCCCAGUCGGAAACCAAGAAAUCCAGCAGCAACGAGUGUUCUGACUGCAAAGCAGGCGAACGCUGCGACUGCUCUAAACCGUCCGCAGUGGCUAGCCGGGGCGCCGUGGUGAACAUCGGACUGCAGAGGACCCCCAGGACGGAUGAAGCAGUCUGGGCCGCAGCAGCGCUGGGCUUCCUGCUGGUUCUCCUCACGUUGUCUAUUCUUCACACCCGCCUGUACCGCCACUGGAGGACCACACCCAGCCUGUACUGGCGCGACCCGCAUCAGGACUACGACAGCGUGGCGGACGUGAUACGCAGGAGGCUGAGAAUCGCCAAGAGGCGGCCGAAAAGAGGCCGAAGGAAGGCGUGCGUUCUCCUGCCGAGCUCCUCCAGCUCCGAUGAAGAUCCAUAGUACGAGGCUGGGCUUCAACUAAAUAAAAAAAUAAAAUAAAGAUGCAAACUGCAUCCAGAUGAAGUGAAGAAUGUGUCUAACCAAGCAGAAGAUGCUUUAAAUUGGACUUGUCUCCCGUUUCUUCCUGGUUCUACAGUGUAGGUGCUGUGGGCCACAGCGGCGUAAAGUCGGCUCGAUCCUGAAUUUAUCUCUGGUCAACUGCAUCAUUGUUUUUGAUAAGGGUUGUUGGGCAGUAAAUAAUUUAAAACAGUAAUUUUUAGGAACUUAAAGUGUGGCCAGUUGGGGGUUUUUUUCUACAUGUUUAAUUACUUCAUUGACCUGCAAAGUCUUGAAAUGUACGUUGCUGUUAUAAGCAACACUUUUGUAAUGUGUUUUAAUGUUUACAGCUAUUUUGUUCUAUAUAGGAUGUGGUAAAAUGUUUUUCACCUACGUGUGAAUGGGUACGCUGGUUCUGUUAAUAGGCCUAGGAUGUCCUUGCAAAUAUUAAAGAUCCCAAAGUCUUUUGUACAAUGCCUCGGCAAUGGUCUUCACGCCCCUGGAGCUUUUUCAAGUUGUGUUGCCUUAAGAAACAAAGUUUGAUUAGUUUAUUGGUAUGUUUUGGGAAUACAUAAAACCAAAGUAGCACAUAAACAUGUUUUGGAAGGAAUGAGACAUGGUUAUUAAUUAUGAGAAAUGGGGCAAGUAUUUGUAUUCAAAAAUUUUCAAUCGCAAGGAUGUGUCCUUGUGAGCUUUGCUCACUGUAGAGGCUGAAAUAUUUGCUCAUUCUUCUUUUGCAAAGUUACUCGAGGACCGUCAGACUGGAUAGAGACAUUCUGUGAACAGAACUUAUGUCUUGCCAUAGAUUUUUAAUUGGGCUGGGGAAACUACAAUGUCACAUAUAAAGAACAUUCACAGAUUAGAAAGGGCAAUUAAAUUGUUUUAUUACAAAUGUACAGCUUAUGAGUUUCCAUUAUGAUUGACCUUUUCUCUCCAUAAGUCACCAUUUUCUCUACUUUAUACAGUUAAUGCCUUCUGUCAACACAAAGCUCUCCCAUCUCUGAAUUCCUGGUGCAAUUUAAAGAAAAGUCAAGGAUGAAAACAGUGCAGAUCACAGCACACGUCCGUGUUCCAGAACAAAAACCUGCAACUCUUAACGUCUCCUGUGCAUGGAUUGGUCCAACUGAUAACCUGUGGGUGUCUCUAAAAUUAGAAAUCAUGACCCCAAAAUCUGAACAAAAAGUAGUAUAUAAAGUUAAGUGACAUGAGCAAAAGGAAGCAUUCAACAUUCAAACUAGAGGCACCCUAAGUAGUGUCUACCAAACGUAGGAAGGACCGGGCCACGUGCAUUUUAGACCCGUCCUGUUGAGAUGACUGUAGUGUGUUCGGCCAAAGUGCGCUUCAGACAAAACUAAUCCUGCCAAGACCUUUGGGAGAGUGCGGUACGUAGAUCCAACUUCAACCAGCUGGUUUUUGAAAAUAGUGCAACUCACACUGAGAUCAGCCUGUGUUUCCUCCUCCACGUUUUGUGGAUUCUCGCUGGAUUGUUAAUAUCUCCAGUCUGAUCACACAGGAGGGCAACCAAAGGGCACUUCAAAUGUCGGGUCGAGCUGACUGAAGAUUUGGAGAGCAGACGUCGCAGCCUGAAGCCCUUUAGGCCAACAAAUAGACAUAAAUAUCCCACAAACAUAACCCUAACAUGGAGCUUAAUAGAAAAUAGCAUGAAAAUAUAUGUUUAUUUUUUAUAUUUAUAUUUAUAUAUAUAUAUAUAUAUAUGGCUCUAGUCUAAAACAUGGGCACUGAUGAUUGAAAGAGCACGUUUUUCUUCUGGCCCCCCCACUUGUGUUUGUCAGUAAAGUCGUAAAUCACUAAAACAGUCAGUCGAACAGGAGAUGAUGAAGACGAUGUGCAAAGGCAUUCAAAACUCCAACCGUAGAUGGAUCAAAGAGUCACAUGGAUGAGAUUCAACGUUCCUCAACAGUGUUCAGUCGUGUGAGGCUGAAGGACAGUCAGCCAAAUGAGGGACGAAUAAAGCAAAGCGUGAUUGAGGCGGGUGAAGCAGUGCAGCUAAACGCGAUGUCCUGCUGAAAGGCAGCAGUUUGAGACAAAACGGAUGCACAGCUGUUUGAUCACAUCCUUAAUAACCUACAAGAAAGUCGUAGAAAGGAUCUCAUCAGCAUCCGUCCUUACAGAAACAAGCAUAUUUGUUCGGCACGAUACAAUGAGCUAGAACUGCUGGGUAGGGAAAGUGCACUAAAUAUAUAUAUAUAUA